AGUUAAUGGUGAGGUGGCAUGACUCAAUCAAAUCUCGAGAGAUAUUCUUAUCUUUUUUGAAGGAGAAUCUCCGAGAUAACUAACAAAGAUAUAUACGAGCGCGCAAAUGGAAUUCUCCUCUUUAUUCUCCCAUUUCUAGCAAGUUUAGUGUUCACACUCAGUGAAUGGCUAUGCGGUGUUAGAUCUUUUUAUAAAUCAGUUGUUAAUGCUACUCUCUCCCCCUUUGUUGAUUCCUUAGCUUUUAACCUAACUGCAUUCACAAUUUCAACAAUCUAACUCACUCUUAUUACAUUCAAUCUUCUGCAACUGAAUCAGAAUGGGGAAAUUGAAAUGCAUCACCAUGGAUUGUCUACUGAUUUUCACUCUUCUUGUGACGAAAAUUCAUCACGUCCACGGAGAUACCAAUGUCACUGUUACUUUUCUCGACACCGCUAUAUCGAAAGGAGCAGUUUGUUUAGAUGGAAGCGCACCGGCUUACUCGUACGUUGAGGGAUUCGGAACCGGAUCACAUAGUUGGAUAGUUUAUUUGGUGGGUGGUGGAUGGUGUAACCAUAUAUCCGAUUGUCGCGCCAGAUCAAGUUCGAGGUUAGGAAGUAGUCACUUGAUGGCUUCUCAAACCACCUUCUCGGGGAUACUGGAUUUCGAUUGCACAUCUAAUCCGGAUUUCUGCAACUGGCAUAAAGUUUUCAUUUAUUACUGUGAUGGUUCCUCAUUUAUGUCGGAUAUUGAACACAGCCAUGCAAACCUCACGUUUAGGGGUGCGAGAAUAUUUAACGUUAUGAUGGACGAAAUGCUCGCCAAAGGAAUGAGAAAUGCUCAGAAUGCUAUACUGACGGGGACCUCAGCGGGUGGACUAGCAACAAUCUUACAUUGCGAUAAGUUUCGGAAACUGUUUUCCGAUGAGAUUCGAGUCAAGUGCAUUUCCGAUUCUGGAUUUUUCAUUCAUGGAAAGGGUCACCAUGGAUACAAGAGCAGGGAACAGUUUUUUGGUGAUGUGAUUAAAACACACAAGUUGGCCAAGUCCUUGCCUCCAACGUGCACAUCAAAGAGGAAGUCGAGUUUGUGCUUCUUCCCUGAAUAUUUGGUUGAGGAUAUCCAAACGCCACUUUUUGUACUAGAAUCAGCAUUUGAUCGAUUUCAGCUUACAUCACUCGUACUAGGAGGAGUCACAAAUUGCACUAAUAACUUAAAGAGCUGCAGCUCUACUGAAUUAGGAAUUAUGAGAGAUUUUCGAAGGACAUUUAUAAGGACAUUAGAGCGACGAAUCCACAGCUCUCCGAAGAGAGGACUGUUUGUUCAUUCUUGCUAUCUUCAUGACCAUGUCCUCAAAUCAGAUGAAUGGACAUGUCUCACAGUUGCAAAUAGAACGAUGAGGCAAGCAGUUGCAGAUUGGUAUUUUGAUCGAACUUCUUUUCGAGAAAUAGAUACUAAAAGUGACUCGCCAAAAAACUGUACCAAUUCCUUUUGUCUGUAGUUGGUAUAUAAUUCAAUAAGAAUUUUCAUUUGCUAACUACUUUAGUGAACAUUUUUUUUUGGAAAGUUUGUGAAUUUAAUGGAUUUGUUUAUACAAGUUGAGUUUAUUUUAA